AUGUCUUACUACAACAGAUACCGCGGCCAGCGGAAGUUCGCUGGCAACGGCGAGACAGGGGCUGCAAUUGACGAGCCGGAUGCGAUCUUCGAACUAGGCAAUAAUAAGCGGGUCACGGUGAGGCAGUUUCGCAACAUAAACUUGAUCGACAUCCGUGAAUACUACGCAGAUUCUGCGUCUGGGGAGAUGAAGCCCGGGAAGAAGGGCAUUUCACUCACCGAGGAGCUCUACGACGAGCUGCUGAAGCACCGGCAGAAUAUCGAUGAUGCCCUGCGUCGCUUUGGGUCGAAGAGGCCGCGCACUAAGACCGUCAACGUUCUCUCGGAUAGCGAGGACGAACCGCAAAGCAUGCGCGUGGCGCCGCCCCAGCGUAGUAAGCCAACGCGUAGCGAACAAAGCAAGCCAGCUCGGCGUGACCGCAGGACGGCAGCGCCAGCACCCCCGCAGUCGCAGCCUGACGAGAAACGCCGCAAGCGCGAUGCUCGAGAGGCCGGUGCUCGUCUCGUCAUGCCGGGCGGGCAGCCGUCUAAUCCACGGCUGGACGACUUGCAUACUUCGCGCACGAACGUUAGUAACCCGCGUCUCGAUGAUCUGCAUACCCCACCCGCGAGCGCGAGCAACCCACGUCUCGACGACCACUUGCCCCGGCUUCCGUCCGUGCCGAAGCCUGAUAACGACUCUGAUUUAGACUCCAGCGACGAAGAUUUCGCUCUAGCUCUUGAGUCUGAAUUUCAGCGUGACGAGAACUCUGCUCGUGCCAACGACCACGAAGACGAAGGCGAAAUAAGCGAGGAGUCGUAG